AUGCACAAGCAUGGGAUUAAUCAUUAUUCCACAUACAGUACAAAAAAAGCUGCAACUAUUGCUGAGAGAACUAUCCGAUCACCAAAACACCUACUUUUCACUGAAUUUUCAGUCAGGGAAAGCUACCGGUGGAUCAAUAUCUUAGCAGAUGUUACUGAUUUUUAUAACAACAGGAAACAUCGAACGACAGGUGAAAGCCCCAUCGCAGUCGACUUCCAUACACGAUUGAAUGUGUACAAUCAUCCAAAAGUAGCUGGAAAAGGGAAGCUUAAACCUGGCGAUAUCGUCAGACUAAGCAAAUACAAAAGUCUUUUUGAAAAAGGGUAUACAUCGAACUAUUCAAGUUCAGUUACAUAUAUGUUAGAAGACGUGGAAGGUUGUCCAAUAAAAGGCUGUUUCUACGAGAAGGAACUAAGAAAAAUAAAAUUUCCAAAUGAGUACUUGAUUGAAAAGGUGAUUAGGAGAAAGGGCAACAAGCUGUUAGUUAAAUGGUUGGGAUUUCCACAUUAUAAAAACUCGUGGAUAGAUAUUAAUGAUGUAUUGUAA